AUGGCGAUGCAGGAGCCCCCCGAAAAGGCCUCCCUGCUGAUGCCGCAAGCACCGCAUGCCCGCUUCAGUUUCUUCUCAUCCGACACCAAGCAGGCUAUCAAUGCAUCAUCCUGGGCCUCUCUCUUCCCCGAGGGGAACCAGGAUGUCAUCUUCCAGGAAACCCAGAAAGCCCGCCCAGAACCCCGCCGCCCUGUCUGGUGGAUCGAUGUGCAUGAGGCCACCGAGGAAGACGUCGGUAUCGUAGCACAGGCCUUGUCCAUUCAUCCCCUGACAGCGGAGGAUAUUGCCAUUCGUGAGCCCCGCGAGAAGGUCGAUGUCUUCAAGAAUUACUACCUUAUCUCCUUCCAGACACUGGCUUCUGCCUCUCGGCCCGCGGGAAGUGCGGACCGGUUGGGGAUGCCUCCUCCGGCAGAGAUGUACAUCCUCGUUUUCCAGUACGGAGUUGUCACCUUCUCGCCCAGUGGGUGCAGCCAUGUGAGCCGGGUGCAAAAUCGGAUUCGCAAAAUGCAUGAUCCUUCCAUUUUGUGCAGUGACUGGAUUUGUUACGCGUUGAUCGACGACAUCGUCGACAGCUUUGAGCCCUUCACCCGCGCCGCGGAGGCAGAAUCCCAAGCCAUUGAAGACCAAGUCUUCAUCGCCCGCAUCGACGACGUGAAAGAACUCAUCCCACAAGUCGACAUCCUCCGCAAGAAAAUCACACACAUUGUCCGCUCCCUACAUGGCAAAGUCGACGUGCUUAACGGCUUCGUAAAACGCUGCCAAGCCCCCGACAAGCUCCCCGUCUUCCCAGACGGCGAUCUACUGAUGUACCUAGGCGAUGUGCAGGAUCACCUAGUAACCACAUUGUCCUCGUUGGCUCAUAUUGACGAGAUCAUUGGUCGAUCUCAAGCGAACUGUUUGGCACAGUUGAGCGCAACCAACUUGCGAAUUAGUUUGACAAUUAAUUCGGCAAUGAGCAAGGUUACUGUCCUGGCAACGAUCUUUGUGCCCUGUCAUUUGGUGACGGGUAUGUUUGGGAUGAACAUUUAUGUUCCCGGACAAGACACGCCUGGUUUAUCUUGGUUUUUUGGGAUCGUCGGGGUUUUCGUGGCUUUUAUGAUUAUUUGCAUGGGAAUGGCGGCCAAGUUUAAGCUUUUGUAG